GAGUUCUCACAUCGGUGUCGUGUAUUGAUGGGAUGGUGGUUGAAGCAAUUUUGAUGCAAGGUUGCGUUGCUACUUGCUAGGUCAUUUUAUUGUCAUCUUCUGAUAAGUGAUAUACAGGUAGAUGUUGCUAAGAUACAGUAUGUAAAGCUUCAUUUGAGCUUCUGAACCUGGAUCGUUAUUAUUUUGUUUGCUGUUUGCAUUGAUCGCUGAACACUACUCUUACUGGUUCUGAGAGGUCCUUUUGAAUGACUCUUCUUAAUGAAACAGAGAGAGAGAAUGACAUCAUGCCUGCUACAGACGGUUCAUCAGAAUCUGGUCAAGAGGCGAUAGAUGCAAUGGUAGAUAGCCUGGAUAUGCUGGGAAACUCUACUCAUGCACAGAGUGUUGAUUUACUCUUCCUUAAAGAAGUCAUGAAAAGCAGACUUAUGAAGAAUCUUAUCAAGGCUCAUGAUACUCUUGAAGACACAGAACUCAAGCCACAUAGAAUGGAUAGUCUAGGCCUAGCAGGGGAUAUCAUGGCAGAGUUAACUCAAAUCAUUGGUUGUGAUAAUGGUGCUGCUGAGCUAGCUGGUAUACUACAAGAUCUCAACUUUAUUUCGUUACUGAGAACACAUGAUGACAUAGCAACAGGGAAUCUGGGUUCAUCUGAGUUUGAAGACCACACCCAAGAUUACUACACCCCUGACUUCAACCCAACAGGGGAUGCGAUCCGCAUGGUAGGCAUCAGGAAGUCUAGGGAUGAACCACUGGGUGUUACAUUUAAGGUAGAGGAUGGAGAGAUAGUAGUAGCAAGAAUAUUACAUGGAAGCAUCAUUGAUAAACAAGGUUUAUUACACGUUGGUGAUAUCAUUCAAGAGGUAAAUGAUCAAGAUGUAAGCAACGACCCAGACCUCUUGAGGAAACAUAUCAAGAAAGCAGAAGGGAGAGUCACAUUGAAGAUUCGUCCAAGCUAUCAAGACUGUAUUAUGUUACCUCCAAUUUAUGUGCGUGCAUUCUUUGACUACGAUCCUUCCCAAGAUACCUUAUUGCCAUGUCAGGAGGUUGGCUUGCCAUUCAGAAGAGGAGAUAUUCUGUGUGUGGUGGAGAGAGAUGAUAUGGAAUGGUGGCAGGCCUAUGUAGUAGGAGAGGAAGGACAGUCAGGUCUUAUACCAAGCCAAGAUCUAGAGGAAAGAAGGAGAGCGUUUGUACCUCAUGAAAACAUCUAUACAAGUGAAUUUAUUGCCUGCGGAUUGGUGAAAUCAAAGAAGAAGAAGCGUGAGAAGUACGAGACGAGAAAGAAUCAUCAGUUUGACCGAUCGGACAUUGUGAUCUAUGAAGAGGUUCAAGAGAUGCCACCGUUUCAGAGGAAGACUAUAGUUCUUCUUGGUGCUCAAGGGGUUGGUAGAAGGACCCUCAAGAACAGGCUCAUUGAGCAUGAUUCAUCCAAGUUUGAUGUACCUAUUGCACACACAACAAGGCUUCCAAGAGAAGGAGAGAAGAGCGGUGUUGAGUAUCACUUCGUCCUCCGCAGUGAUAUGGAGCAAGACAUCCUGAACCAUAACUUCUUAGAGUACGGGGACUUUGCUAACAACCUCUAUGGCACGACCUUUGACUCUAUCCGAGCGGUCAAGCAGAAAGGUCAGAUGUGUGUGCUAGAUGUCAACCCUCAGACAUUGAAGCUGUUGAGGAACAGUGAAUUCUUGCCUUACGUGGUGUUUGUAUCAUCCCCUGAUCUAGAAACUCUCAGGAUAUUACAUGAAGCGGCAGCAUCAUCAGAAAAACAAGUCGAUGAUGCAGACUUGCAGAAGACGGUCGAGGAGAGCGCUCGUAUCGAGAGACAGUACAGCCAUCUCUUUGACUUCACCAUAGUGAACAGUAAUCUAAAUGAAUCCUGUCAGCAGCUAUGUGGCGCCCUCACUGCUCUGGCUCAUCAACGGCAAUGGGUACCUAUUGAUUGGGUCUAUGAUGCUCCCUGACACCCACCCAAACAAUGUAUGGACAGUGGUGGAGAUGGUGCACAUAAUAAUUCCUCAAUGCACUCACUGGUAGAUGAGGAGGAAUAGACACAGACUGAGCUACGCAGAGAUGGUGGAGAUGGUGCACAUAAUAUUCCCUCAAUGCACUCACUGGUAGAUGAGGAGGGAUGAUCACACACUGGACUACGCAACAUGCUGAUAGGCACACACAGCAAAGACGAUAGACACCAGAGACGUCAAUGAAGAAUCUAGUGAAGAUGGUGCACACAAUGUUUCUUCAAUGCACUCACCUAAAGGACAAUGGAUUGGGAUAAAACUACAUACUAUAGUUCAAGGCCACAUGAUUUACAGCAAAGAGCACAGGGAAGCAGAGAAUGUGGUGAUGGAGAUAGUGCACACAUUACUUGCACAAUUAGUGAUCCAAAGAUUGGGAGAGGUUUGUAGUGAGCUGAGAUUGCAAGGAUUGCUCUUUACUAAGAGCCCCAAAUAACCAGAAUAUGAAAAUAAUUAUGAUUUCUGCAACAUUCUGUGAAUUGUUCAGUUUGAUAAUUGUGUCUCUGAUGGUUUAAUCUUCCCUGGAUUACAUGGGGAUAAAUAGGCCUAGGUUCAUAUAUACUCUAGAAUUAAGUGAUAGACCGAACUACCCAAAUACAUGAAAGCAACCAAAACCCAUCAUUUUUCCUAACCGACCUUUUGCUAGCAUCUUCCCAUAUAUAAGCUAUGUGAAAUAUUGCUAGUGUUUUUAUCCCAAAUAUUAUUGUUUUGAGAAUAUAAUAUACAGUGUAAACACUAAUCAUGCACCUUGAUAAAACAAAUAUGUACAAUAGACUUGAAAAGUGUUCAAAAGUUUCAAACUAACAUUUGUAUCAACAUGACAAGAUAUCAAACUUUGUUAGAUUCCCAAAAGGAAUGUACAAAAUUAAAAACUCUUUUCCUCUCUUCUAAAAAGGCAAUCCAUAUGCUUUGACCAAUGUAUCAUUUCAUUUUCGAGUUAAUGAAUAGUGCUGAAAUAUUGAACUCUGUGUAUAUUUUCUUUACUAAUGUAUCAUCCACUCAUGGUAGAAGUGCUUAUUUUAGUCUACCAGUGAUCAAAGAAUUGGUAUUGAUAGAUCUGGGUUCAGGAAGAAAUUAUUACCUUUGGUAAGAUGAAUUUUGAACAAUUAUUUGAAAUGAAAUGAUAUACAGAGUAGUAGUAAGGAAUGAAAAGAUAAGAUUCUUUCAUCCAAUUCCCAUGUAGUUAAGGAGCUAAAUUCCUUUCUUAGUGAGAUUUUAAUAAACCUGCAAAUAGACUUUUGUGACAAUCUGUAUUUCCUCAGGGUUUUGUUAGAGUUUGUAUUCAGUGUUAAUAUAUGCAAGGUACAUUUUUCUUUGAUGUUGUAUUAAUAUAAUAUUUUUUUUGUUACUGUGAAAUAGUGUUAGACUUGUUUGUUGAGCUCAUGUUGUAUAUAUUUUGGAGAUGCAUUUAGCUUGUCAUGACACCUUCUAGUGCAAUAGAACUUUAAAAUAGAAAAAAUAGAAUAAAUAUGAAUUUCUGCCCUGCUUUUAGCACCGAGUGUUAAAGUGGUUUAGAAUUAUGUAACCACAAGCUGUGACAUGUCACCAUGGUUAGUAUUUUAAAUUAUUAUUUUAUUUUCAUCCUACAUGUUAUCCUGCAUGUGCUUAAAGCCCAUGUACUUUUCAUCUUUUUGUUGAAAGUUCAAUUUUUUAUAUUGUCCACCUGCAUUUAAGAAUUAUGCAUACCAACGAGUAAAGACAUACUAAAGCUUUUCAUCUUGCACUCGUAAAUCUCAAGAAUGUAAAGGAAGCCGAAAUCAGGCAGUUGAGGUGGAAGCUAAAGGCACAAAGAAAGCAGGAAAAGAACGCUCUGUUCCUUUAGCUUCCGCUCAUAGUGUCUGAUUUCAGCUUUCUGAUCAAUCUCGCGCUUUACUUCGAUGAGUGCCAGACAAAAAGCUUUAGUAUGUCUAUAUUUGUUAGUAUCCUUGAUUUUGAUGUACAAAUCAUCUCUUUAAUUCUUCAUACAUACGAUGUACUUAAUAAAGGUUACAAGAAGGUCUAUAUCUGAAAUGCUCAAAUUGCUUACCUUUUUGGUGUUUAAUAAAAACAAACAAAAAGUCCAGAAAUAAUUAGAUUAUCUUGUUAGCAAAACUUUUACAUCUGAAAUGUUUCAAUGUGUUUACAUUCAUUCAAGUCUGAUGAAGACUUUUUAUUGUUGAAUUUCUUAAAGUCUAGAGACUUUGUAAAUAAUUGUGGAAAUGAAAUAGCAAUUUUAUUGAAAUAUGGACUAUAGUUUUUAGUCUUUACACAGUGCCAUUUGGAGAAUAGAAAUCAAAUUGGAAAUAGUUAUGAGAAAUGAAUGUUAUCUGUUGUUGCUUGUUAUCAUUCACAUGUUAUGCACAUUUUGCCUUGAGAUUGUAUUUUAUAUUUGUAUAUCAGCAAUGUCUACUACUUUAUGAAGUGGAAUCACAAUUAUUAAUAAUCUUCUUUUAGAGAAAGACGAUUGUCUGAAAUUCAUUGAUCCAUGCCAUGUCAAAUUCUGAGGCUAAAACACAUUGGAAGAUGAUUUUUAAAUGCAUGUGUCCAGCCAUCUGGUUUACAGUAAUUUAUUAUAGUUUAUAGUAAGUUAUUCCUUCUGUCAGCAUUAUAAUGUACUAAAGUUAUUUAGUGUGAUGCACAAAUCCCAUAACACUGAUGCCCCGUUGCCACAGAUAAUAUGUACAUCUAGGAACUAAGAUUCAGCAAUAUAUUCACCACAGGGAUGAUAUCAUAGACCUUAAUGGUGCUUAGGUCUGCUUUGGUUUAUUGCUUACACACACAUCUUUUACAUUGUCAUCUGGUUAUAGGAAGUGUAGGGUUUUUUGUGGUCUAGUGGAGAAGUCACAAAUGACGGAUCCUGAGGUAUGGGGUCCUGCCUUAUCACCAUCAUCCUUUGGCAAGCAUUAAUCUACAUUUCCCACCCUCAAAUUUAUACCGGUACAUGUAGGCGAGGCAGCUGAUAUAAUUUUUUUGCUUGCCUUAUUACAAGAAAUAUAAACUUUUUAUCAUCCUGUUUGAACAGAUGUGCUGCAUGUACGCUGCUGCAUUUGAACUUAUUAUUGGACAGAAUCCAAUUUGCAAUUUCUGAAUCUGAAUCUGAAAAUGAUACAGCUCAACACUCUUGGGGGAGUAAAACAAGUCUAUCACUGAGUAGUACAUUUAUGAGUUAAUGUCAUGAAGCACAAAGACUUUGAAAACUUGUAGUUCUUUUGUUUGUAGUACCCAUGCAAUAUCUGACAGGGUUUGUAGAGGUCAUGAGCAUACUCAUCAUGUCUGCAUGUAAUGUCUCAAACUAAGCGAUCAUUAUGUGGAAAUAUAAAUUAUGAUUGUCAUGUGGGUAAUCACAGACAAAUAAAGUCAAUUAAUAUUUAUUCAGAUUGGCUGCGUAGUAGUAUAACUGGAUUUCAUUUGUAUUUCAUUAUUUAUGACGGGUACAAGCUUUUUUAUACUACGGAAAGUGGCAAUUUAGUAUGGGAUUGUCAGUGAAUUUUGCUUGAAAUACAUGUAAAUUGCAGAUAGGGAUGGCCUAUGUUGACUUUUUACUAUUUAAGUUAUGCUGAUGAUUUUGCAAGUUAACAUCCAGAAUUUCAAUUUUUCAGGUUUGAAAUGAUUUUCAAAGUUUAAAAGAAUAUACGCCUCGCCAGAUAAGUGGGAGAUGAUAACAGUAAUGAAUAAAAUUCAUUUAGAAUGUGUAUUUAGGACAGAUUAUUGUGAAUCUGUACAAAAUAAUUGUCACCAAAGUUUGUACAAGAUUUUAUUAGAAUAAAAUGACAAAAUUAGACCAAAUAUAAAAA